CAUAUAAGGACAAGUUAGCAUGGCAACCUUUGACGUGGAGGUUUCUAAAAACAGCACCGACACUCAGUGGACUGCCAGCCAGAGAGCAAUGCUUCAGACAAAACUCUAAGGACACUGCUGUUGAAGAAGGCCUACGAAUCCGGAUUGUUCUUUGGAAAUAACACAUUUAUUGCUAAGUUACUGCUUUGGGGACUGAGACGUUUCUCCCCCUCUGUUUUUCAUAGUGUGCAAUGAGUAUCUCUUUGGAGUACUCGUAUUCCAAAAAUCAAGACACCAUGGACAGCUUGGAGAAGCAACUAAUUUGCCCCAUCUGUUUGGAGAUGUUUACCAAACCUGUGGUCAUCCUCCCGUGUCAACACAACCUUUGUCGAAAAUGUGCCAAUGAUAUUUUCCAGGCCUCAAAUCCAUACCUACCGACCAGAGGGGGGACAACGGUAACCUCGGGUGGUCGUUUCCGGUGCCCGUCCUGCCGGCAUGAAGUCGUUCUGGACAGACAUGGGGUCUACGGGCUUCAGAGAAACUUGCUGGUGGAGAAUAUCAUUGAUAUGUACAAGCAGGGGUCCACAAGCAGUAAGCCCACUCCAGAGCAGAAGGUGGACCAGCCGAUGUGCGAGGAGCACGAGGAGGAGAAGAUCAACAUCUACUGCGUGACCUGCAGCGUCCCCACCUGCUCCCUCUGCAAGGUGUUCGGCGCCCACAAAGACUGCGAGGUCGCCCCGCUCACUAGCGUGUACCAGAAACAGAAGGCGGAGCUCAGCGAUGGGAUAGCUAUGCUUGUAGGAAACAAUGACCGGAUUCAGGGCAUCAUCAGUCAGAUGGAGGAAACCUGCAGGAUAAUCGAGGAGAACGGGCGGAGGCAGAAGUCCCAGGUGUGCGAGAAGUUUGACCACCUGUACUCCAUACUGGAGGACCGCAAGGCGGAGAUGAACUCGAAGAUCGGGGGCGAGCAGGACGAGAAGCUCACCUACAUCCGUGGCCUGCAGAGGAAGUACGGCGAUCACCUGGAGACCAUGUCCAAGGUGGUGGAGGCAGGGAUACAGAACAUGGACGAGCCAGAAAUGGCCAUCUUCCUGCAGAAUACAAAACCACUUCUACAACAGAUCGGACAGGUCUCCAACACGUCCCACCUGGACAAGGUGGAGCGAGGGUAUGAGAUCAUGGAGCACUUCUCAGCCAACUUCAACAGAGAAGCAAAGGCUUUGCGCAACAUUGACUUUGUCAAAGAAGAGGAGGAAGAGGAUGAGGAAGAAGAAGAAGAGGAAGAAGAGGAAGGAGGAGCGGAAGCAACGCCAUCCGUGGCGACCCGGGUGGAGUUGCCAUUGCCGCUGACAGGAUCACCCCCGGGGGCUAAACCGACGCCAAAGCAACCGCCACCCCCCCAGCAGCCCCCCCCACAACAGCCACCUGCUGCUGCCAUGGCAACCACCACCAGCACUAGUUCCCCGCAGGCCCAGCCAGCCGACACCCCGGCACAGGGGCUUGCCAAGCCGCCCGACACUCAGGAGUUUGUGAGAGGCCCUGCGGACCCCUCCCUGUAUCCCAGCUGGUAUAGGCUCCCAGCGGGGCAGGCAGCUAUCCCGCCAGCGCAGGCUGGGGACGGCGCGGCCCCAGGGCAGACACCGGCUCUAAAGGAGGGGGUCGGGCAGAAGGCGACAGAUACCAGGGCCCCAGACGCAGCCAAAAGGGAGCCUAGCUCCUCGACGCCGUCCUCUCAGGAAUUAGCUUUGUGCCUGACAGUUCUGGCUUUGUUUAUUAUACUGCAUCAGCUUUGGAGUCUGGUACAGACUGCGAUUUUAACAGUUUUGGGGGUCUUCUGAUACAGCUGCAGGUGGUCAGGGAGACAACAACCAAAACCCUGAGGACAAAGGUGGAGAGGGGCCUCGCCAUGUGUUCUCCUUCUCUUGGCUAAACUCUCUGAAAUAGCGCGCCCCCUCUCGCCUCCAGAUACUAAAUAUAGCCUACCUGUGUCUGGCUCAUAAACGAUUAGAGCCGAAACCGAACUCCGCCGAGGGUACCCUCCCCGUUUUCUUUAUGCACAGUCACGCAGCAGAGACUGUUUUUUGAUUACAUUUAGUUUAUGUCACUUUUACACUUUGAUCUAACGUGAACACUUGUUUUGAAGGCACGUCUGCACGUACGUAAAAAACUUGGCACGCAAAAACAUACGCAGCAAAGUGCAAACAGAACUUGAAAGACUUUUAUUCAAAAAUAUAUAAAUAUUAGACAUUAUCUUACACAACAGAAAUGAUUGGUUGCUCAUAAUGUGUUUAUUGUCAAAAUCAAGUUAAUAUAUUACAAUGAGACUGAAUUUCUGAGAAACCUUUGAUUUCUGAUUGGCCCAGGGCUUCCCGAAAUCGUUGAACUUCGAAACAAUCAAGGUAGAUCGAUGUUUUCAAGGAAAACAAAAAUUGGAUGUGUAGAAGCUCUCUUCGAGUAGCAUUUUUAUAAGUUAUACAAGUUCAAAUUACAUUUCCUUUGUUUUAUGAUACAGUCGGAUUACUAUCAAACCAGUUGCAAGUCUGUUUCUUCAUUUCAGGUUAAAGCUAUAAAAAUAAAUAUAAAAAUAAAUAAACUGAUGGACAAAUAAUGCAAAAAAAGAGGCGUGGUAUAGAAUACUGUGUGUUUUGUGCAAAAUGUUAAAAUAUCCUUUGGCAGAUGGAUUUGUUCCAUUUAUUUGCCGAAGAUGUCCAUCAUUUUUCGGUUGCUAUGUGCUUGUUGAGCUAACUGUUCAGCUCGAGCCAUUUCUAGUACUUCUCGAAGUAAAUGGAACGUCAGGUCCAGUGAAAUUGGGGGGUCGUCGGUCCGCUUUCCUCUUUCCAUCGAGUCCUCGAGCUGGUCAGCAUUGCUGCUCACGAACCGUCGGAUGUUGCCAACUUUUCCUCGCAACAGACGUUGGGUGAGCUGUAGCUGCAGCGCCCUUUUGACAUCUGUCGAGGACGCGUCUGGGGGCAUGAACACUUGGGGGUUCUGGUUCGCGCUGCCGAGCCGAAAGAAGUACUCCUCUCCUAGUCGCAAAAGAAUGGGAAGAGAUUGCUUCUGUAGAUCAGACUGUGGAUCUGAAGAAGCUACCUGAACAAUGCCGGAGUUUUCGAUAGGUCUACAUUCGUAACGAGGUAGGACGGUAACGAGCAGUACGACGGUGAAGACCAGGAAUGCUAGCUUCAUGUCUGAUCGCCUGGAAUCGAGAAGAGACCAUUUAUUAUAUAGAUAUGCUCUCGCUUUCUUGAAAUAGUUUGAUAUUAGUUUAAAUGCUUCGUUUUUUUUUUCCGAUGAAGACUAGGCGGGGAUAAGUUAUUCAGUAAGUUAGCCAAGACAUCAGUAAAGACCAUUCAAUUAAUGUUUGCAAUGCACUAAGUUUCAAUUUUAUAACGUUUGCAUUUUACUGUUUUGGUUAGUACUUGACUAAUAAUAAAUGUGCAAAAUAACUUUGAAUAAAAUCGUGUUUCAACGUGUCUGUUUUGUAGGGAGAAAAAAUAAUUAUCACGAUUAAUUUAUUUUAAACAUUAAAAUCCAGGAGUGGUAAUAUGGUGAGCAAUAUAUCUCAAUCCAAAAUGAUUAGUGUAAUUCAAAUAUCAGGCGAGUGCCUGGUGAUCGCAUUAAGAUGCCUAUUAAACAAAUAUGAACUUAAUUUAGUUUUACUCAAUUUACAAUGUAAGCCAAAUAAGCAUGCAAUUCAGAAUGUAUCUGCACUUCUACAGAAGAAAGAGACAUUAUGUAUCAAAACCACAAAUUGCAAACAUAAGUUAAAAUCCCCAUACCUGAGUGACACCGCUACAAGUAGUGUUUUCCUAGAAGGAGGUUUAAAUUCGACGAGUUGAUUUCCUAUUUCGGCUUUGUGUGCAGUCCCUCAAGAACCCUGGGAGAGGAUGUCUAAAAGACUGGACGGCUACUGGACUUUUAUAGCCUGGACCUGACAGAAUUGGCAGUCACUCGGCUCAUUGUUUGCGUAUGCGCACAUUAACUCAACGCGCACCUGCACGGUCAGGGAAAUCUAUCGCCUACUCUGUAGAAUAGUUCAGACGGGAUGCGUCAUCAAUGUAGUUUGCCCUUGCUAAAUGCCAGUUAUAUCAAAGGGUCAGAUAUGUUGUAAUCUCCACACAAGGUUGCCUACCCAUCGUCCAAAUACUUUAACAUGGUUUGUGCACAAACAUUGGUUAUUUUAAAUGUGGUGUUUGUUUGCAUAAUUGUUGCCACCGCCAGCUGCUUUUAAACAGUUAAUUCCGCAUUAAUAUUAAUGUGUCAUUGGGCUCAUGCAUGUUUGGAGGACCUUUCGACGCCCAGUUCACUUGCUUCUAAAGCAACUUUUGGUGGACCACCACUGACCAAAUAUUUAUUCGUUCCAUUUGGCUGUAUAUAGGGACAGUGCAUCGACAAUUUACGAGCAGUACAUCAACGAAGAAAGUAAUUUAAAUGUGUCACUUGCGGAGCUAGGAGUGAUCUGUUUCACACUGCAGGCGCGUAAGGUAGUACCACAAAUAGAGAUCCCACUAGGACACAAUAACAUCUCAAUGCAUUUGCCUUUAUCCCCACUGUCGCUCCCUAAACGCUGCCAAGAAUUCCUAUUUACGGGUGUAUACGAUCAAUGAAAAAUUAUUAUCCGUGGUGCAGUCCAGAGGAAUUGGAAUUGCACACUAUUCUAGCUGAAAGCGUUUAAAGAAGAAUGUCGGCGCAUCAAGGCUCUACACUGACAGUUUUUACAAGGACUCUUAAUGAGAACAAUUUAGGAGUACACUAAUGUAUCCCAAUUAGUGUAUUCCAAAUUAUGUUCCAGUUAAGCACACAUCAAAUUUCACGAGCAAAUGCUCCUGGAAUGGGAGUACAGUGCCUUGCGCAGUCGCUUGGAGAGCCCAGAGUUCAAUAAGCAAUGCCGAAAGAAGGUCUAAAAUGGGCGGGAAAUGUCUGCAUAAUGUAAAUUAUUUUAACGAAAAGCACAAACGUGCAAACAUUAAUUAUUGAGCGUGGACAAGAAUGUAUAUGGGUUGACGUGACCAGUCGUCCGCGCCUCAAAACGCAGAACUUCACAACGGUCGACUAAUCACAGAAUAGGUCCACUGCUCCUCCUGCGUGUGGCUCUAAAACUUUCCCAGUGUAUUAUGACGUACAUUUUCCAUUUAAAACUAGCUCAAACGGUCGCAACUGCAGGGUGGAAACCAGUAAGAACUUCGUCAAGUAACGUUAUCUUAAAUGUCUCAAUAUCUUUGGUCUGGCGAACAUUGCACUCGAAACGUGUUUUAAUCCUCUCACAACCAGGUCCACCAAGCAAAUAUAAAUUAUAUCGCUUGGUAGGUUUUGAUAUUGUUACCAAGUGGUUACACAGGGUCGUGUGGCUUUAAAAACACUCCACAUUAUAUUACAAUGACUUACAUUGAUGUUCUCUGCUAAGCUUUUUGUACGUCUCGGAUAUACAAACUUGCGAUAUCGCCACAUUUACGCAACUAGCAUUUUUUUAAGUUGGCCUACCCUACCACAACAAAUAUAUACCCUACCUGUAAUACUAUUACCCCAACAGGAAAUCCAAAAAUAAAGAGGAUAGUUAGGCCUAACGAGGGAAAGGCACCGCCAUAGUGCACUCUGAAUACGUGGGCACGUGACCGGAAAGUGCAGGCCAUCAAUUCAGUAAUUGUUGUCCAUUCCACCUGUUACAACAGACUACUACACACGAUUGUAGUUCCUACUAGUAAUGCCCAUCCAACCACCUUUACAUGAAUUUAUUAAUUCAUUAUUAUUGGCGUCAUGGGCUGUUGUGCACACAUGUUUUCAGUAGGCUAUAGGAAUCGUCUUGCUGUCGCAAUUAACCCAGUUUGACACUUCGCUGCCAUGAAUAGUGAAUUAAAAUUAGCAAGUGUCGUAUAAGCAUGUUUAAUAUUCACAACAGAUUCAAGCACACCAAGCUUCAGAAGACAUAGUUAAUCAAUUUGAACCUCUAGAAUGCAGCCGAUCUCUGGCCAUCCCCCAUUAGCUAUGCUGAUUGCAUGUCCAGAGUUGCAUGCUAACUUUUUGUUUACCAUUUUAACAAGCAUCGAAUUAAUUUUGGUAAGUAUAAGAACUCUGUGCGAACAGGGCACACCUGUCUGGAAAAGGAACAUCCUGACCGCGCGUGGUGGGACAUGACAGUAGACACCAAUGACCUUUUCCCGAUUCAAAACAUUUGGAGCGAAUUAUCAACAUUUCCCAAGGACAUGCAGACGCAUCACUGUGCAUUAAAACAUAUUAAAUGUGUUGGACAGCGUAAACUUGAAAGGGAGAGAAUAUAAAGUCAUUUGUUGUGUUCUUUAUUUGCAUUUUUACCUGUACAUGUAAUAUUGUUUAUUGCAGUAUGAAAAGUAACGGCUCAAUGCGAACUUGAGGCAUGACGCACUUGCGAAAGCAGCUUUAUCAAGUAGGCUAACAGACUUAAUAAAGCGACGGGGUUCCUACGUAUUAGCUGACCAUAAUAACUGGUGUAAAUUCCGUGUUAAAACGGACAAAAUAAAAGAUUGCAUGUACAGGUUUGUGCCACUUAUGAGCAACAGUAAAGUAGCAUAUGUUAGAAGUAAAGUGAUAUGGCCAUGCAUGCAUUUUAUUGCUUAAUUAUCUUUAAAUUUCUGAGUGCGGAAUGGUUGACAUGAGACAUUGAGAGGGAGGUGUUAGAGGAAGCGGCGGCACACAGACCUUGUAGGAAGAGGCGCAGCUACAGCUUCCUUGUUUUUACCUUCCUAUUUGGCAAGUUACCUAUAUUGAUUUUACUGAUUUAAUUUAUUUUCACACACAGCAUAUACUACAUAACCUAUUGUGCCCACAGCUCAAAGAAUGGGUACACAUUGUACAAACAGUUGUGAUGUUUUGCAGGUAUAUUGAUUGGAGCUGAAGUGUUUAGUUAAUUAAUUUUAAGUUAAACUAUCAACUUUUGUAGUGCUUCUAGAGUUAAGCUCCUUUCAACACCUCUGUGGGACAGUUUGUAUAUUUGUAUACUGAAAUCAGGUAUGCACUGCUAGUAUCCUUUGCCCAGCAUUUUGUGCUGUUCGACAGGUGAGUCUUUUGUGUGUGAGUGUGGAAUGGGGACUUAUCUGUCAUGCUCAAAGUGGAUAAGACCGAUGUCCCACACAUGCAAGGCCAUUUCAUGUUUAUUCAUAUUUCAUAGGCGAAUUUCUCCAAAGUAUGUAUGAAACACAUCUAAUGCUGUUCGCUGCUUGACUUGCUGCUAGCAUUUACUAUUGAUUCAUUAUGUGUUGAUACUUUAUAGUCUACAUUAUAUUUAUAAAAUAGGCAGAGUAAACAUGUAAAUCUGUUUAGACCAAUCUAGAUAGAUCUGUUUGAUAAAUAAUGCUUCUGAUAUAUAAAAAUCACAAGUCUUGGAGGUCAUUCUAUGAAGAAUCCUUCUAUGCUAACUGCUAUGUAAGUCCUUUUAGAAAUACAUUUUAUUUUAUAUUUCCAUGCAAGAGACGUGAGAUUUGACCUGUACUUAUUAGCUUGGUGUGCAGCUGUUCAACUUGAAAAAUAUUGAAGCUAGAAACUUUUGUGAUAAAUGUAUAUCCUGUAUAUUUAAGUCAAUUUAAGCUUUUAAACACCACAAUUUCUAUGAUUAUAAUGUCAUUUUAUCUCAGAGGAUUUUUUUUACAGUG